CUCAGACGAGUGGUAAAAAAUUGUUUACUAAAUGAUCUGUAACUGAAAGCUCCCUCUACAAGCCUCAAUCACCUCUGUUUUGCGGCAGUAUCGAGAACAAGUCCUCAGUCAUCAAAGAUACCCACGGAGAAAAGAUGCGUUUUUUCAUCAGUAUGUUGUGCGCUACAGUUCUGCAUACCUUUGUCCAAUACGAGAAGUGUGAUGCCAGCUCUUCUGCCACUAGUCAAGAAUGCUUCCCUGUACACAAUAUGACCUGCGCUUGGGAAGUUGGAGAUGGGAAGAUCGUUAAUCUAGCGCCAUUGAUAUAUUCGAGUACCGAAAGGAUCGAAAGGGGCUUCGUUGUAAAUGGUACACCCCAUGGAAAAUAUGAUCAACACUAUUCGUACGCCUACAAUCCAUGCAGAUGGAUCAGUUUAGCCGGUGACUGUGAUCGGGAUAAAGAAACAGCAAUAUGUAGGUGGACUCCAAACAACGAUAAUCCUGACAAUUAUUGGUCAAUUGGAAAUCAAAUGCCAAAAUGUACCAUAGAGAGCAAUGGUAUUCGACUAAUCUACAACGCAGGGGGGAGGGAUCUUGAAGGUCGAAUAUCCAUUGUCCACUUUAAGUGCGAUCGGACCAAAGCAGACAUCAAAGAUGCAACCUUGAAAGUCAAUGAAAACGAUUGGGAAUUUGAGCUAGAUCACUUGUGCGGUUGUGGGAAUGCUUGUGUUUUGGGAACAUCUCUCAUCCCAGCAGCGAAGGAACAUCCGUACAUUAUUGUGGAAAUUGUGGUUCCAACCGCUAGUGUGAUUGCACUGGUGGUCCUAGCAGGGCUUUUUGUACGGUGGAAAAAGAGGAGGAACAGGAGGAGGAACAACAACAACCCCCAAGAAAAUGAUGAGAGGCAACCACUGCACCAAGACGGCCCUAUAAUCUGUUAACGCCUAAAACAAUUUUGUAUCUUACGUCCGUGAUCUUUUAGCUGUAAACAGACAUCAUUUAAUAGGGGGAGGGGGUCUUGUCAGUGAUUAAGAGCGUUUGGCCAAUAAUGUUGUUAUUCUAAAAAUAAAAAUAACUGUUCAACACUACGUGUCAACUGAUAUUGACGCUGAUUAUGCUCAAUUUUAAGAACAUCGAACACAAUGUUAGUGUUUUUAUAAUAGUAGUUAGAUUAUGGAUUUUUAGCAUUGAAAAGGUGUUAACAUUGAAAAUAGCUUUGGUAUUGCUUGUCAGGUUGGAUUUGCUGGUAUUUUUCGUAUUAUACGUAAUUUUUGUAUUGUAAAAUAACGUCUGAAUUGUAAUUAAUUUGUAUCUUACUGACUGAGUAGUGCCUAAGAAAAGUCUUACUGAUAAUGUUUUGCUAUUUUUGUGUAGCUCAUCAUCCAUCAAAUAUUUUUCCCUCGCACAUGAUUGCUCGGAACGCAAUAAACAAGGUUAAUUCAAGGUGGAAAAGUGUUUUGCUCUUGCUGCAGGAGAAGAAUGACCAUAAAUAUAGUCAUAGUACAGAACACCGAAAGUCGACAUAACGCUCAGUAACAUUUCUAA